AUGAAGCUCCCUGCCGUCGCUCUCGGCCUCGCCAUCUCCAUCCCUCUCGCAAAUGCCUACACAGGAGACCUCACCCACUACACCCCUGGCAUGGGCUCCUGUGGCAUUGUCAACAAGAAUGGCGACGCUAUUGUCGCCCUCUCGAAAGACAUAAUGUUAACCUUCAGCGGCAACGCAAAUGACAACCCAUUUUGCAACAAGCAAAUCUCGAUCCACAAUCCGACCACGGGCACGAACACAAUUGCCACCGUCACGGAUACGUGUCAAGGCUGCGCAUUCGACAACAUCGAUGUUCCGGUCGACUUGUUCUAUACCGUCGCUCCAGAAGGCAAUGGCAGGGUGCCUGGAAUCGAGUGGACGCCGGUUGGCUGGACUGUUCCUGGCGGCUCGGGCGACAGCGAAAGCACAGCUGCCAAGUCCGGUGUAUCGUCCGUCGUACAGCCGUCGUCUGUUGCAGCAGCAAUACCUUCUGCAGCCUUAGGAUCCAUACACCUGCAGGAGAAAGUGGCGGCUGUCGUACCGUCGGCUGCUGCUGCGGCACCGUCUGGAAGCUCAAGCACAUCCGCCGCGCCGUCUAGUGUAUCGGCCGUUGCAGCCUCCGUUGCGCCCUCCGCCGCCUCUCCAAGUAACACGCAGACCGCCUCUGCGCCUACGGACUCCACCACCUCCUGCACGACUGCAGGCGAGACUGUCUGUUCGGCUGAUGGCACGCAGAUUGGCACGUGCACAAUGGAAUUCACAGUUCAACUGGGCCCGGUGGCGCAGGGUACAAAGUGCGUCGGUGGUUACAUGGUGAUGGCCAACAGUCGUCUUCGGAGCCGCCGCAAUUAG